CCAGUAGCUCGGCUGCACCGGGGGAGCCUGUGUGAGAUGGCGGUCGACGACGCUGCUGCUGGUUCUGCUGCUGUUUGAGGACGGUUCCGGACCCCCGCUCAGCCCGCAGCCGGUCCCAAACUACCGAACCGCUUCCGAAGCGUCAUGGAGGGCGGAAAACCGAGCCUGGCGCUGGUGUUCCAGGCGGUCCAAGCCCUGUACAACGACCCGGACCCGGCCGGGAAGGAGCGAGCCUCGCUGUGGCUCGGGGAGCUGCAGAGAUCGAUGUACGCCUGGGAGAUCUCGGACCAGCUGCUGCAGCUCCGGCAGGACGUGGAGUCGUGUUAUUUCGCCGCCCAGACGAUGAAGAUGAAGAUCCAGCUGUCCUUCUUCGAGCUUCCGGCAGAGACCCACAAUGCACUGCGAGACUCCCUGCUGAUUCACAUCCAGAACCUUAAAGACCUGUCCCCGAUUAUCGUCACCCAGCUGGCGCUGGCGAUCGCCGACCUGGCGCUGCAGAUGUCGUCCUGGAAGGGAUGCGUUCACACGCUCAUAGAAAAGUACAACAACGACAUCAGCUCCAUGCCCUUCCUCAUAGAGAUCCUGACGGUGCUGCCGGAGGAAGUGCACAGCCGCUCGCUACGGAUCGGAGCCAACCGCCGGACGGAGAUCAUCGAGGAUCUGGCGUUCUGCUCCAACACCGUCGUCACGCUGCUGACGACGUGCGUGGAGAAGACGGGGAACGAUGAGAAGAUGCUCAUCAAGGUGUUCCGGUGUCUGGGCAGCUGGUUCAACCUGGGCGUCCUGGACAGCAGCUUCAUGGCCAACAACCAGAUCAUCAUGGUCCUCUUCCAAGUGCUGCAACGGGACGAGACGUCCACCAACCUGCACGAGGCGGCGUCGGACUGCGUGUGCUCGGCGCUCUACGCCAUCGAGAACGUGGAGACCAACAUGGCGCUGGCCCUGCAGCUGUUCCAGGGCGUGCUGACGCUGGAGACGGCGUACCACAUGGCCGUGGCCCGGGAGGACCUGGACAAGGUGCUCAACUACUGCAGGAUCUUCACUGAGCUGUGCGAGACGUUCCUGGAGUCCACGGUCCGGACCCCGGGUCAGGGUCUGGGGGACCUGAGGACGCUGGAGCUGCUGCUGAUCUGUGCAGGGAACCCGCAGUACGAGGUGGUGGAGAUCUCCUUCAACUUCUGGUACCGGCUGGGAGAACACCUGUACAAGAUCAACGACCCGGCUCUGCACAGCAUCUUCAGGCCGUACAUACAGAGACUCCUUCACUGUCUGGCCCGGCACUGCCAGCUGGACCCGGACCACGAGGGAAUCCCCGAGGACACAGACGACUUCGGGGAGUUCCGGAUGAGAGUCUCGGACCUCGUCAAGGACGUCAUCUUCCUGGUCGGGUCCAUGGAGUGUUUCUCUCAGCUGUACUCCACGCUAAAGGACGGGAACCCGCCCUGGGAGGUGACGGAGGCCGUCCUCUUCAUCAUGGCCUCCAUCGCCAAAAGUGUCGACCCGGAGAACAACCCGACGCUGACGGAGGUGCUGCAGCAGGUGGUGCUGCUGCCGGAGAACGUGCACAUGGCCGUGCGCUACACCAGCAUCGAGCUGGUGGGGGAGAUGAGCGAGGUGGUGGACCGGAACCCGCGCUUCCUGGACCCGGUGCUCAGCUACCUGAUGAAGGGCCUGAGGGAGAAGCCGCUGGCGUCGGCGGCCGCCAAGGCCAUCCACAACAUCUGCUCCGUGUGCCGCGACCACAUGGCCCAGCACUUCCAGGGGCUGCUGGAGAUCGCACGGUCGCUGGACUCCUUCGCCCUGUCCUCCGACGCCGCCGUGGGGCUGCUCAAAGGUACGGCGCUGGUUCUGACCCGUCUUCCUCUGGAGAAGAUCGCCGUGUGUCUCAGCGACCUCUGCGCCGUUCAGGUCAUCGCACUCAAGAAGCUUCUGACGGAAGAUUCUACCAACGGGAAGUCGGCCGACCCGACCGUGUGGCUGGACCGGCUGGCCGUCAUCUUCAGGUGGGUUAGUGACCCGCAGGUGGAGAGAGCAGAUAGAAGACACACGAACCCCAUCGUGGAGAACGGCCAGAGUCAUCCCUGCCAGAAAGUCAUCCAGGAGAUCUGGCCGGUUCUGUCGGAGACGCUGAACACGCACCAGGCGGACAACCGCAUCGUGGAGCGCUGCUGCCGCUGCCUGCGCUUCGCCGUGCGCUGCGUGGGGAAGGGCUCGGCGUCGCUGCUGCAGCCGCUGGUCACGCAGAUGGUGAGCGUGUACCAGGUGUACCCCCACUCCUGCUUCCUGUACCUGGGCAGCAUCCUGGUGGACGAGUACGGCAUGGAGGAGGGAUGCAGGCAGGGGCUGCUGGACAUGCUGCAGGCGCUGUGCAUGCCGACCUUCCAGCUGCUGGAGCAGCCCAACGGGCUGAGGAAUCACCCCGACACCGUCGACGACCUGUUCAGACUGGCCACCAGGUUCGUCCAGAGGAGUCCAGUCACGUUACUCAGCAGCAGCAUCAUCGUCCACAUCAUCCAGUGUGCCAUCGCCGCCACCGGACUGGACCACCGAGACGCAAACUGCAGCGUCAUGAAGUUCGUGCGGGACCUGAUCCACACGGGCGUGGCCAACGACCACGAGGAAGACUUUGAGGUGCGGAAGCGGCUCAUCAGCCAGGCCAUGGAGCAGCACGGCCAGCAGCUGGUCAACCAGCUGCUGCACUCCUGCUGCUUCUGCCUGCCUCCCUACACGCUGCCCGACGUGGCCGAGGUUCUCUGGGAGAUCAUGGUCUUCGACCGGCCGACGUUCUGCCGCUGGCUGGAAAACGCUCUGAAAAGCUUACCGAAGGAGACGUCGAGUGGGGCGGUGACGGUCACUCACAAGCAGCUCACAGACUUCCACCGACAGGUGACCAGCGCGGAGGAGUGUAAGCAGGUGUGCUGGGCCAUCAGAGAGUUCACCAGACUGUUUCGAUAGCUGCGACCUUCUCAACGCCAGGGUAAAUUCUUAGUUGACCAACAUUCAGAGGUGACGGCAAAAAGCUGCGACGGCAGACGAGGUUCCAAAGCGCUGCGACGGAGACGGAGAUGGAGACGGAGACGGGGGGACUUUGAAUGUGAAACAGGACGAACUUCUCUGAAUCUGCCAGAGACCAGACUGACCGGACCGACCGAGUCCACCUCCACCCCACCGGACCGGACCUGACCUGACCCUACCUGCAGCAGGUAGUGGGCGGGGUCAGGUCCAGCAGGUGGGCGGGGUCAGGGCUGGAUGACGUUCCAGAGGACGUGCCCGGUCGACAGUUUUUAAGAGAUUUAUUUUUGGGACUUUGGUCGUGAUGUUCUUUUUGUCCGUGCCAUAAAACAAAAACAAGAAAAAGAAAAAAAAUUUAAAAAAAUACAGCCAAAAAAAAAAGAAAUGUUUCCCAUGAUGCUCUUGGCUGAGCAGCGGCGUGAGGAUAAUGCUGGAGGAUUUGGCGUCACCUUUGACCUUUUAAACUUGGGUUUAAUUUUAGUUCUUUUUUUUUUUUUUUGGUUUUAUUUUAUUUUUUUUCCCAGGCGAGGCAGAGAGGACUCUGGGUAAUGAAAGACUGAUACCAUGACAUCAUCAAUGAUGUAGCCUUGUUGAAAACAACAAUAAAAAAACAAAAAAGACUGAAACAACAAACAGUUGAUUCAGUGUUUAGUCUUUAAUCUUCAGCUUCAGAAAACAAACGCACCAAAGAUGGAAGUUUAGUGUUGGUUUUGGGGCUUAAACACCCAGAAAUUGAGGAAAAACCCGAUGACUGAAGCCUAUUUUGUUCUUUUUUUGUUGUUUUUGUUUCCACACCCCGUUCGAUUAGUGAUAAACACACCAGCGGGAGUCAGGAGCCCUCGCUUUUUAAUCCUGCUGCUCUUUUGUUUCUUAGCAACCAACCAUGGCGCGUGAUUGGUCGGAGUUCAAGUGUCAGGCAGCUACAACCUCGGAUGGAUCAACCGUCGUGUUUCAUUUCUUUUCAGUGUGCCAUUAUUUAUUUAAGAAGCAAAAAAAAAAAACAACAAAAAUCCAAAACUGUUCCUGUAAAAUCAGCUUCUCUAACAUCACUGCUGAUGUCUUACCUUCUUGGCUUUGUGUUACACACGGGCUCUUAAAUCCUGCAGUUGGAUACUUAGUAUUGUCUAUUUUUAAAUAAAUAAUGGCUCUAAAGGGUGAACAAACAUCGUCCAUCCGAGGUUUUAUUUGCCGAAAACUCCGACCGGAAAACAAUCAGGUGUUUUUUGUUUUUAUUUUUUAAUUUUUUUUUUAAAUAAAUUUAGUUUUUAGACACUAAAGCGGGAAUAAAAGGCGGGCGUCUGACUCCCGCCGGAGGUGGUUUUCACCACGAUCCCCAGCGAGAAGCAGAUCAGCACCAGAGUGUACAAACACACACAUACACACACAAAAACACAAAAGUUUGUAUCAAUAAACUGGGAAAGUUGA